AUGUUGUCGCCAAAGGCCGUUGCCACUCUCUUCAACUUCAUACUCUUGGCCUCUGCAGCCCCCGGAAAACGCCAGUCUACUGGUUCUGGAUCUUGCACUGAUCUGCACCUUUUCCUGGCCCGCGGAUGGAAUGAAGACUACCCUGGCCGUCAGCAGUCUAUCGUCGAUGCUACCUGUAACGGCCUCUCAAGCUGCGACUACGAAGAUAUUCGAUUUGAUGCGUCUAACCCUCGCGGAUACCCGAAUGCUGUUGAAGAAGGCCGCUCUUCUGGUGUUUCCCAGAUCAAGGCCUACGUGGAGAAGUGCCCCAACUCCAAGGUUGUCCUGACCGGCUACAGCGAGGGUGCCAACGUCGUUGGAAACAUUCUUGCUGACUCGGGUCUUGAUGCCACUUCUUCUCCGGGCAACAAUGUCUGUGCUGCCCUUCUCUUCGGCGACCCGACUCAUAUCGGCGAGCAGAGUUACAACGUCGAGGCCGGCUCCAGCCUCAGCGGUCAGAUGGCUCGCUCCAGUUCAUCACUCAGGAACUUGAACAACUUCUCCGGCGUCCUCCGAUCAUGGUGCAACGGUGAGGACACCGUCUGUGCCUACGGCAACGGCGGUCGCACGAUGGGAGAGAACGCGCACACCAAUUACUUCCAGCUCUACACCAAUGACGGCGCUGCCUUUAUCAAGGAGAAGUGUGUGGCCUCCGGAACCACUCCGACCACGACCUCGAGUGUUCCUGCUCCCACCUCGACCGGCUCGUUCUGCACUUCUGGCAAGGUCAAAUCUGGCCUGUCUGACAACUAUAGCGGACUCUGCGCCUUUGCUUGUUCAAACGGAUACUGCCCCGAUGGUGUUUGCCAAUGUGAUUCUUUCGGCCAGCAAACCACCAGCCCUGGUGGAGACGGACGCGACGGAUGCCCUGCUGAUGGGCUGGAUGAGAGCUACAAGGGCCUCUGUAGCUUCAGCUGCAGUCAUGGCUACUGCCCUCUCGGUGCCUGCAAGUACUGCUAA